AUGACCACUCACCUGUCUUCCGAGCGGCCGACCAGCGGUGCAACCGGAAGCUCACCAGAAAUUUGGGACAAGGUUCUCACCGGCGAGUCUCAGCCUGCCUGCGAGGCCUCCAAGCGCGAUCAAACCCUGAGCAGGGUGUCCAGGAGGGCGGGAAACUCUCUGAAGGGUCUUGGUCUCCGUUCCCGCUCGCUUGAACUGUGUACCCAGUCCAUGACUACGAACGAGGAUCUGUGGGCACACGAGUACACCUCUGAGGACCUUUUCUCCCCUUCGCCGCUCUCCUACUUUACAGCCGAUUCCCUCUUUAUUUCAUCUCAGGAAGAUCAUAUCGGCCAAGAUCGCCCUUCGAUCGAAUACGACGCAUAUGCCUCAUACGUAGAGGAGUUUCAAAUUCCAGUGCAAUCAUUCUAUCCGACCACCUCAGUGUCGAUAUUUCAACCGCAGUCUUCAUGGAACGUUGACGCUGGCGAAUUUGUCCCAGGGCGACAGGAACAACCCCCAACAGACCUGGCUCCAGCCACAAACACACAUGAAAAAACACACUCCGACAGCAAUAUGCGCUUGAGUAUCACCGCGCCUGAUUUUGUGCCUGGCAACCAGGAGCACCUCGCUGCCAUGUCUGAGUUCACCGGCGCCCACUUCUCUGCCUCUGUCAUUGAUGAGCCUCCCUUGUCAGUGUUGGACGCUAUGACUGGCGACUUCAUCGCCAUAACGCCCUCCUCAUGUCUAUUCGACUUUGAGGCCAAUGACCAGUUUGAUGCGGAGUACGCCUUCAACAUGGCUAGAGGAGCAUGUUUCCGGCAGGAGCAGGAGGAAGGCUCUUCACUAUACCCACAUGGGUUCUACUUUCCUACCAGUGACAACCGCAGUGAUGCGGCGCCGGAGGUCUUCUGCUCAGUCCGUUGCCUUGAUAGGUUCCCUAUCAUACCAAGUCCUCGUCAAGAAACCCCGGCAGAGUGGACCCAGAACAACAGACAGGACUUCCUGCUCUGGCGAUUUGAAAAAUGGUCUAACUACGAGGAGUACUCCAUUGAAGAGAUGGUGGGCGAAUGUGUCCAUCAUUUCAGUUUCUUCAAUGACCCAGUGUACCACAAGUCAGCAACGAAGCCUGCGACGACCAUUGCUGUCUUGAAGUCGUCACCAAAGCAUUUUGCAAUGACGGAUGGGAGGAACCUGCGCAUCCCCAUCACCGUCUCGUGGGCCUCUCGCUUCUUGGAUCCCGUGAGGUACACCGGGAACCCUGCAGUCCUUGACGCGUUGCGCGGGACAAAGCUCGAGAACGCGGUUAUUGGACACUGCGACAAGCUGUAUACCGGCAAUGGCUGGUGGCUCUAUGAUGAGUGGUCCCGGCAAGAGGAACAGCCGCUCUUGGAUCCACUGAACCGGAGCAAGUACCUAAAGGGCCACACGAUCAUCAAUGGCUGCACCAGAGGCUUCCCUACCAGCAGGGAAAUCAUAUCUGCCGGUACCGAGGAGAAGCUCGCCAUUGACAAGGCGCGCAAGGCUGCGUUGCAGUCUCGACUCGCUCGUGGCCCAACAAAGUCCAGCCUUGGUCGGUCCUGUGUCUCGUCCGAUGAGCUUGAGGAAGUACCAGUGUUUAUUCCUACGCAGGAGCAGCCCUCCAGCAUCGACCAGCAGCCUGCCAAUACAGCUCGUGACAACGGCCGGUCGGUCGCUGCUCCUGUUGCUGUUGCAGCUGUCCCUCUGUCUCGAGAGAAAUUUCACCGACGUCUAGCAGCCAUUCCUCUGCCAAGCGGCGGCGACUGGGCUGAUGAUGAUGACGAAGAGGAGGAGCAAGAAGCUCCCUUCGAAUCAUUCAUGGCAGAACGAGAGGCGUUCAAUCGACGCCUGGAGGCGCUUGGGCCAGUUGGAAGCUCCAAUUGGGCUGAUGACAUUGACGAUGAAGAUGAAGAUAACUCUUUGUCAUCUGCGACGGCUGGGAUAUCAGAAGUGGCAUUGCCAAUCAAUGUGGCCGCCUCUGCCUCCGCUCCGUCCGUCAGUGCCCUGGCUUCAGAGCAGACUGCCGCUCCAAGCGUUCCAAACAUGAUGGAACUAAGUGCUGCAGAGGAGCAGCCACUAUGCCGAGCUGGAACUGAAGCUUCCAAUUCGGAGCGGGAGGAGUUCAAUCGCCGCCUGGAGGCACUCGGCUCUCUUGGGAGUGCAAAUUGGGCCGACGACAUCGACGAGGAAGAAGAGGGAGAGCCAUCGUUGACUUGGUACGUGCAGUCUGGGACAUCAGAAACGGGCACUGAAACGACUUCGCCCACAACUCCGUCUGCCGGAGUCACCGAGACCAGCUCAUCUGCCACGUCAGUGGCCUCUCCAGAGCAUGAUGAAGCGAAGGUGCCCAAUGCUCCCAAGCAAAAUCAUGCAGAAGACGAGGAGGAGAUAGUCGGCACCGUUGUCGAAGCGAACGGUGCCAGCUGGAAUAGUCUCGGCGACAGUCAAAAUGAGCUUCGACAGCCAAUUUGCGAGGCGGCGGCAGAAGUACCGGCGGCGGCGGAGACAAGGGCAGAGGCUAUGCCAGAGGCGACACGAACAAUGCUCGUCGAGGCUGAGUCCAGACACAAGCAGCCAGCAGCGAGGAUGCCUGCGACUACGGCACAAAUCCCGCCCGAGUCCGCUCUGUCGAGCCCUGGCUGGUACAUGGCUGAAGCGGCGAUAUAUUGGCCAGCUUUUGGAGCAGGAUACGACCAAUGGCCCGACUUCUCUGGCAUCUCUUCCUUUCCGACCUCCACUCUCGCAAUGGCUAAGUCGAUGCCAGCGGCAAAUGUCCGCGCCGCCCUGGACGUGCCGAAGUUCAAGUCAAGAGGAUUACUGAAGAUGGGCCUCUCCAAGAUCAAGGGCCUGUUCAUCGGAAAGUCAUGA